AUGUUUAAAACAAAAAAAGUGAAAAAAAUUUGGGAAAAUUUUUGUGAAUAUUUAAAUAAUUUAGAAAAAUUAUUAAGUGACAAUAAUGAUAAUACUAUUGAUGAUAAUUUAACAAACUUAAUAAAUAAUUUAUGCAAAUUUUCAAAAGAAUUAAAAUUAAUAAAAUUUAAAAGUGAUAAUUGCAAAAAAAAUUUAGUUGAUUUGUUGGAUGAUUUUGUUUAUGAAACAAAAAGCAAGGAGAAUUUAAAAAAAAAUUUUUUGAGCAAAAUGGACGUCGGUGAGUUGAAAGAUAAUUUUAAAGAUCAAUUAAAAUUAAUUGAAGAUAAUGAGCAGAGAGAAUUGUUGAGUAAGGCGAAAAAAUUGCUGGUAAUAUUCGGUGAGAAAAAUUUGAUGACAGAUUUGGAGGUUAGAAAAUUAGCGGGUGACGUAAUUGAAGUAAUUGAAGCGGUAAAAAGUUACGUUAAGGAUUUGUCGUCAUGCGCGAUGAGAGAGAAGAUUAUUUUGUGCGCUAUGCAGCUAAUUUUUAGGUUAAAGUUAUUUGUUAACCUUGCGGAGCAGAGAGAGGGCGCGGAAAUUUGGGGUAAAAAUUAUUUGUUUAAUUGUUUGAGUGUUUGUUUGAGAGUAAUUAUCGAAACAAUUGAAGAGGAGAAUUUUGCGGAGGAUGAGGAGCGAGAAAAUCACUUUAUUUAUAAAAUGGACUUGGCGCUGGACUUGAUCAACAAGAUGGCGGAUGAGAAACUUGAAAUGGCCGCGGGAGAUUUGAAUUUGAAUUUGAAAAUUCGGCGGGAAAAGACGGAGCUGGUAGAGGAACUUUGGGUGGUUUUGGAAGAUAUUUUCAGUCAUACAAUGGCAAUUGCGCAAAUUUGUACGCCUGAACAGUUUAAUUUGAUGACGGGGAUCAGCAAAACUGUAAUUUGCGAGUUUGAGAACUGGAAAAAGCAAUUCCUAGCGGAAAAAAGGGACAAAGCGCUGUUUAGUUUGUUCGGUAACGCUUUUAUGGACGCGAUUUAUCGCCUGGAGAGGGCGGUAAAUGUCGCGAUGCUCCAGCUGAUGAUGGAAGUCUUUAGCGAGCCUUUUGCUGCUUUGAAGAAACUGGUCAAGAUUUGCGGGAAUAGUUUGGAAAAAGACCGCCGCAAGAAGGAAGACUUGGAAAAGGCUGUUGAAGAGUUUGAUCUUAUUGCCGACAAAGCGCUCCAAAUUGGGCUCUACGCUGCGGCUUCUUGUGGAAAUUCAGCCCGCGGGUUAAAAAUCCGCAACCACAUGGCGUCGCUGGAGUCCUUAGACCUCGAAUUAGUAGCCUCAAUAACCUCAUUCUACCUCGAACCCUCAAGAGAACUGCGCUCGGCAGUAAAACUCCUUACAACUCAGUGGCAAAACGAAAUGAACAACCUCCACAAAUCGAUCAAUUUAAUCCUAGAUCCCUCCGCUUACUGCCAAGUAAUCCUCGAUGACCUUCAGGAGCGUUUCCAGUUGGUCUCAGACGCUUUCGAGAGCCACCAACCGGUCACCCAGUCCCAGAUAAAAGUAAUAGUCUACCGCGCUUGCGCCCUAGCCUCCCAAAUUACCACCGCUGUAGAUGACAUAGGUACCGACAGUAUCGACAAGCAGACAAUAAUGACAAUCCGCGAGUUAAAGGCCGCCAUCUAUGAGACAGACGCCGCGGCAAAGACACUGCUGACCCCUACAUCGACGCUUCCACAACAAUUAAGAGUUAUAAAACGCUGUGAGCUUCUAAUUAGCGUAAUUAGGCGCCUUCAACCCGCUUUAGAGGCCAUUAAUUCUAAGAUUACUUCUUCUUUUAUAAGCAGAGCAGAUGUCUCUGCUGAAGAAAGCUUUAAUUUUAUUAAAACUCCUUAUUCUGUUAAGAGUUACAAAUCUACCGUUACAAUUCAAUUUGAUGAUGAUGAUAAAAUUGAUCCAAGUGAUUUAAGCUGCUUGAUUCCUUAUAUUGAACGUGGAAGGACUAUGAGAUCAGAGUUUUCCGUUUUGUACAAAGAUAAUUUAGUUGAAGAUGAAGACAAAGAAAAUUUUAGUGGAAAUAAGCGAGGUAAAAAUUUGGGAGGAAAAAUUCUGCAAGAAAUCUUUGAUAACAAUCAAUUGGACGGAAAUUUUGAUGGAAAUUCAAAGGAAGAUAUUAAAAAAGUAAAAUCAAAGCGCAAUUUGAACAAUGUUAGGCAGCAUUUAUUUAACCGCGAUGAUUACUCUAUAAUUGGAAGUGAUGAGGGUUUAAAAUAUGAAGAUUUUGAUGUAAGCUUGGACUUGACGGGAAUAUUAGAGAAUAUUUCUGGUUUGGUUGAAGAAGAAGAAGAAGAAGAAGAAAGAGAUGAUGUAAGCUCGGUUAUUGAUAAAGAAAUGGAUUGUUGCAGAAAUUCUAGCAUUGAUUCUGAGGGGAAUUUUGUAAUUGACGGCGCUGGAGACGCUGGAAGUAUCAGCAGUAUUGACACUCCUGAGAGGAUCAGUGAUAUCAAGAAGAUAGAUAAGAAAAUAGAGAAAAUGAAUCUAGAUAAAUUUAUUUAUAUUAUAUUUCUACCAAUUGUACUGAGUGAAAGUGAUGAAAUAAUGGAAAGGAUUCAUACCGUGGAAGCAUUUGAUACUCAGCCGGUAAAUUUGGGCCCUUCAAACUUGGAAUCAGUUGUUCUAAUGUUUAAGUGUAGUAAUGUCACUUGUCCAUGUGAAGGGAAGAAUCAAGGUAUCAAGAAUAACGACGACUAUCAAUACACACCGGGUAUUGGGUAUCACAAGCUUCAUACCCGUGGAUUGAAUUUCAAUAACGCCAGGAAAAUUUGCUAUGAAGAAGGCGGACAUCUUGCUGUUAUCAAUUCUCUUCGAGAAGAACAAGCACUGCUAGAGUUGAUCAAUCGUUCGCUAAAAUUCCUAAAUGUUGAAAAUGAAGAGCAAGUUUUCAUUGGCAUCCAUGAUUUGUACUCAGAAGGCGAGUGGGUGACAGUUUUAGGUGACCCUCUUUCUAAGACCGGGUACUCUAAGUGGAGCGACACUUGGUGGAGUGGACAACCGGAUAAUCUUGGGGGAAAUCAAAAUUGCGGGAGCUUGCUCAAGCAGGGAGGAAUGGAUGAUGUCAACUGUAACUCGGUGUUUGCGAAAAUUUGCUAUGAAGAAGGCGGACAUCUUGCUAUUAUCAAUUCUCGUCAAGAAGAACAAGUACUGCUAGAGUUGAUCGAUCAUCCGAGAAAAUUCCGGAAUGUUCAGCUCGAAGAUCAAUUUUUCAUGGGCAUCCAUGACUUAUUCUCAGAAGGCGAGUGGGUAACAGUUUUAGGCGACCCUCUUUCUAAGACGGGGUACUCUAAGUGGAGCGAAACUUGGUGGAAUGGACAACCGGAUAAUCUUGGGGGAAAUCAAAAUUGUGGGAGCUUGCUCAAGCAGGGAGGAAUGGAUGACGUCAAUUGUAACCUGACCCUUGCGUUUCUCUGUGAAAUUCCUGAAGUUUAA